AUGCAAAACUGCGUCGUUGGGUCUCCGGAGACCUUGUUCUUGGGGUGGUGCAAAAUGGGUUGUCUCAUCUCUCAACUGGCGGCGAAGUUUGCCUUCUUUCCACCGUCGCCGGCGACUUAUCAGGUGAAGAAGCGCGAGGACGGGAGGCUCGCGGCGGUCUCGACGACGUCGUCGAUGCCGAUAUCUUUGGAUGAUAGUUCUUUGGAUGUGUUGUUGCUAGAUACAAAGAGAGGCAACAAAAUCGUUGCUUUCUAUUUGAAGAACCAUUAUGCGAGGCUCACAGUUCUCUACUCUCAUGGAAAUGCGGCUGAUCUGGGACAGCUCUAUGACCUCUUUGUUCAGCUCAAAGCCAAUCUCAGAGUCAAUCUCAUGGGGUCUGUUCUCGCAUGUCUUCACUUGGAUUUUGGUGUUUGUGUGUAG